CGUCCCCUCAGCGACCCGGUUCUUGCCGGGGUCGCCUGCUGCUGACGUGUACCGACCGGCUUCUGGCCGAGGUGUGGGUCGCCAUGGCGGUGGACAUCACACUCCUCUUCCGGGCAAGUGUCAAGACGGUGAAGACACGGAACAAGGCUCUUGGAGUGGCGGUGGGUGGCGGGGCCGAUGGCAGCCGGGAUGAGCUGUUCCGCCGAAGCCCUCGACCCAAGGGAGACUUCUCCAGCCGGGCCCGUGAAGUGAUUUCUCACAUUGGGAAGCUGAGAGAUUUUCUCCUGGAACACAGGAAGGAGUAUAUUAAUGCUUACAGCCAUACCAUGUCUGAAUAUGGGAGGAUGACGGACACAGAGCGAGACCAGAUAGACCAGGAUGCCCAGAUAUUCAUUAGGACCUGUUCAGAGGCAAUUCAACAACUCAGAACAGAAGCCCACAAGGAGAUACAUUCCCAGCAAGUGAAGGAACACAGGACUGCGGUUUUGGAUUUCGUUGAAGAUUACUUAAAAAGAGUAUGUAAGCUUUACUCUGAACAAAGAGCCAUCCGAGUUAAGCGUGUGGUGGAUAAGAAGAGACUAUCUAAGCUGGAACCUGAGCCAAAUACAAAGAGGAAAGAACCCCCGUCUGAGAAAGCCUCACAGAAUGCUUCCCAAGACUCUGAAGAAAAGCCUGCUGCCGAGGAGUUGCCAGAAAAGCCUUUGGCCGAAGCACAGCCUGAACUGGGAACCUGGGGCGAUGGCAGGGGUGAAGAUGAGCUGUCUCCAGAGGAGAUACAGAUGUUUGAACAAGAAAACCAGCGACUCAUUGGUGAAAUGAACAGCUUAUUUGAUGAAGUGAGGCAAAUUGAAGGGAAAGUUGUUGAAAUUUCCAGACUCCAAGAGAUAUUCACCGAAAAAGUUUUGCAACAGGAAACCGAGAUCGACAACAUUCACCAGUUAGUUGUGGGGGCAACGGAAAACAUCAAGGAAGGCAAUGAAGACAUCCGAGAGGCCAUCAAAAACAACGCCGGCUUCCGAGUGUGGAUCCUCUUCUUCCUUGUGAUGUGCUCCUUCUCCUUGCUCUUUCUUGACUGGUAUGAUAGCUAGCCCACAAGAGCUGCACCUGUGCCUCCUGCUGCCUCAGACACCACAUGCCAGCAUGUGUCUCAUCUGCUGCGCAGCUGUGUAAGGUCCAAGGGCUGGGGAGACGUGGCCCCCAAGCCGAUAUUUGGAACCUAUGAGACCGUGGAAAUGCAUCGAUUGAAAGUGCCCUAGACAGUCUUCAGGGGCAGAGGGUAAUGGGGCUAGGCAGUCAGGGGCUGCACCUCCAGGAGAGACCACAAGCACGGCGGGGCAGAGCAGGGCAGGGAUCUGACACACCUGCUAUCCCCAUUACAAUGCUUGGGACCUUGUCUCCUGCCCUUCCCACACCAGUAGCUUCAGGGAAGAACAGACCUAAUGUUUCUAAAGUCAUUGGUUCUUAUUUCCUUAUGGCGUCUAAUAUGUGCCGCUACGUGGCCAUUUUGUCAUAGAAAAUCAUUCACAUCUGCCUUGUCAAGCUAAUAAAUGCAAUUACAGCCACUUAUUGCAGUCAGUGAGUCUCCACCGAGCAGCUCUGGAUGCCACCUGGCCGGACAGGCACUCUGGUGCCCUCCACUCUCUCUCCUGCCCUGGCUCCCAGCAUGUGAACAGCAAAGCCAGGGCCUAGGUCAUGUGAAACCUGGCUUCCUGCCACUGGCUCUCAGAAGCUUGUGUUCCAAGAAGGGUGUGGAUUUCAGAAGAACAGGCCUUCUGCCACUGUCCCUGCACACUUUCCCCUCCAGAAGAGGCUGUGUGGUUGCCUGUUGAGAGCUAGAAGUGUACAGGACACAGCUGCAUCUUUGCACAGAUUUAUCCUGG